ACUGUCCCAAGUGAGAGUGCUAAAGGCUGACAACUCUUCAGUAUCUUUUUUAUAUAUAACUAAAUGCAUGGAAACAACCGGAUGUUUUAAUAGCGGAUUUUUUUAUUUACAAUGUUUUUCUUUUGCAAGUAGUCGUGUUUUGAGGAAGUUUUAGAUUUCAUAACGAGGUUGAAUUUUGGAUGAUAGUCGCUUGAGUUCGGAGUUCCAAGAUGAACUUCAAUCUGACGUUCAUCAAAAGUUCGGUGGUGGUGUUCCUGCUGUGCUCUUGGCUGGUGUGCUGUGGGGCAGAGCUGAAUGGCGUGGUGGCGACCCAGUGGUCCGGCGAUGACAGGAACCGAACGCUGCAACACAAAAACUGUGUGGAGAACCAGCAGUACCUCCACCAGGGCCUCUGCUGUCUCAACUGCCAGGCUGGUACAUUCAUGCUGAGGGCGUGCGACCGGGACAUGGAGAAAGGGACGUGCAUGCCCUGCGAACAUGGCUUGUCCUACACAGAACACUCCAACGGGAUGAACCGCUGCCUGCCCUGCACCCACUGUCGCAUGGACCAGAGCCAGACAGUGCCCUGUACCAGUACAGCAGACACCCAGUGCCAGUGUCAAGCGGGCACCUUCUGUGUGCCAGAGCAGGCCUGCGAGGUCUGCAAGAGAUGUGCCAAGUGUAAAGCGGGGGAGGAGGAGGUGAAGAAAUGCACCCCCAUCUCCAACACUGUGUGUAGGAAACGGGACGUCUCUACUACCCUCCACCCGACUGCCAUCCCCACCCCCGCCCCCAUCUCUGCAGAGACUAUAGUUACGCCAUUGGUCAUUCUGCUCUUGCUCUUCCUCCUCUUCAUCGUGAUUGGUGUGUGGCUUUGGAUCAAGAGGCCAUGUACAUUUCGGCCAGUUUGUCUCUCAGGUUCAGACAGUCGCUGUGACUCCAGUGACAUUGUGAAGAUUGCCAUUGGUGAGAGUGGACCCACAGCAGAGGAGAGACAGAACAGCCAGAAUGCUGGCCUGGAGGGGGAGGAGGGUGAGGAGGUCCGUCCCGAGUCACGUCCCCUGCUGCAGGAGACCCAGGGUGGCCUAAUCAAGGCCUCCCCUCCCCUGGGAUUGGGGGAGGACGAGGACCGUGGCCUAGGUGACAGCCUGCCCAACACCACCAGCUCCUCCCAGACCAGCCUGUCGGCCCUGCCCACCGCCGGGGCAGCCUCGUCGGGCAGCUCCCCCCGACACAGCCCCUCCGCCCAGAGACUGCAGCCCACAGCCAGGGAUGAUCCUCUGCAGAAGAGACUGGUGUCCCUGAAAGGGGAUGAGACGUCCCUGAAGAAGAGCUUUGACCUCUUCGAUGAGUGCCUGGACGUGCGGAUCCACAACAAGUUUUUUCGCUACAUCGGCGUCCAUGACAACCACAUCAAGAUGGCGGAGAGUGCCCCCCCUGGCGACAAGGUGUAUGACCUACUGAAGAACUGGAUGCAGAAGGAGGGCCUGAAGGCGGACAUCAACGCCCUGCUCCAGGCCCUUCUCAGUCUGGACCAGAGGCGCUCCGCUGAGAGCAUUGCCUUCGCUGCCAUCCAGAAGGGCUACUACAAACACGCAGACAUGCCCUGACACCCCCAGCCCACUGGGGGGCGCUGCCUCAGAGACGUGUGGAUUGAGAUUAAAUAAAAAACAUUGAUGAAAGACAACGUCAACUCUUAUCGGCCUAAUUGGCCUGAUGUAUUCUGCCUAUAUGCCUGUGCUUCUAAAACAACAUCAAUGGAGGAGUUGGAGAUAAACAAUGUUGUCUUUUGAAUAUCUGCAAAUAUGGUCAGGUGUAUUUGGCCUAAAGGCCAGUGCUUUCUAAAACAAAACCUAAAAAACAAAAUGGAGGAUUUGGAGAUGGACCUUGUUUUCUUUUGAAGAUAGCAUUAUCGGCCUGGUGUGUCCGGUCUUCAUGGUGUUCUAAAACAAAACAAAAACAUAAAAUGGUGGAAGAGUUGGAUGUUGUUGAUGGAUGUUGAUGUUGUUUUCCAGUGGGUGGGUCUGGAGCUCAGCUUUGACCUCCAUGAUUUUACGCCCCACCCCUUCUCUCUGAGCGACUGACAUGGCUUAUAGGCCAAUACCGAACUCGGGGACAGGGACAUACACUGGUUUGUAGGAGUGGCAUUAGCUUGCGCGUUCCUAUGCCCAGGCGUUGCUGACGCCUGCCAGAUAUUACAAUGCCUGGAUAGGUAUUUUAAGUAUCAGCUAAUCACAACAUAUGUUAUACCAAUCUGUCAGUCGAUGACACAGUUGAUGGCGUGGCACGCAACCAUUGGUUGAUGCAUGUAACGUCUGAGCAAGGGAACGCAACCACUAUGUCACUGAUACUGUGUCUACUUGAUGCACUGGCCUCUGGCACGUGUAGGGUUUAGAGCUACAGGUAACAAAUGCCCAUAUUAGGCAGAAGGUUAUAUGUUUAAAGUACAGGUAGAGAUAGGCCAUUUAAGCAUAAUGCUGUUAAAAAUUACAGUAAAAUACAGACCAUAUUGUACUAUGUUAGUUUAAAAUGCAGGUUGGUAUGAGUCAUGACCAUAUUAGAAGUAUUUUAGCCAAAGUUAGAUAUGGUCCAUUUUAAUAUUUGCAUAAUUGUGUGUAAUAUGUGUUAUACGGUAGUCCGUUACUGUUACUGUUUUGUUUUUUGAAGUUUCAGAAUUCGUUUGUGAUUUAAAACGUGCCAUAGGCUCAUUUAAAGUGUAUAAGUGCAGGCAAGGGCGAGGAUGUUAAAAAAAUGCAUAAGUGACUAAACUGAAUGUUUUAUAGACUGCGUUGUUAGUUAUUUCGUUUUUCAGUGUUGAUGCGUUCUCACGCAACACUUGUUGGAAGGAGUUUCCGGAACUAUUUCUUUUGUUAGUCAAAUGUUUCUCAAACAUUUCCCACAAACACUCAGAGCCCUCAAGGUUUCAUAGCUGUUUUAUUUAUUGACAUAUUUAUUUUAAACGGAUGAUAAUUACGUUUCGUUAUUUAUUCAUUUACCAACACAGCAACCCUGGAAAACUAAAUAGGGCAGUAAUGUGUUGCUACGUUAUCAUGACUACAUUUAUCUAGAGGACAACAUGACUGAGAUCAAAUAGACAGACAGGAGUGGCUGAACUGCAUUUGGGGUUAAUCCUGUCCUGCUCGAUGGCGCCACACUGAUCAAAGACUAUGUUCAGUCAGUGCACAUACUGUCAAAGAAGUUCAUAGUUACAGUAUAUAUGCCAUUUCUGCACAUAGAGUUUCUUGUUCAGUCAAGGUGGUCAUCAUAUGGUCACUUUUGUGUUGGGGCUCUUGUAAUUAUGCUUAACUCAACAUUUGUGGACUAUUGAAAAACAUUUUUCUUUCUGCCUGAUUCACACUGUACUUUUCACAUUGUCCAGUAUAGCUCUGCUCGGUUUGGCUCAGUAGUGGGAAAAGGGUAAUAAUGUAUUGAUAAAAAGUUGGACUCCUUUAUACAUGUCAACAAAGACAUGAAUAUACAGGUACGCAAAUCACGUUGUUUCUCAUUGUUUGGCUCUGUCAAGAAGAUGAAGGAAAGCUUUUCUGGAUAUUUAAGUCCAAGUUCUUUUUCAUUUUUCGAAAAGUCCAAGUUUAUUUCCUGUAGCGUCCUUUGUACAUACAUUACCAAGAGUGGUUUUAUGUGCUUCACAUUAUAUAUAUAUAUAUAUAUAUAUAUAUAGAGAGAGAGAGAGAGUUUUAUUAACAAAAAAGAAAAGCCUUAAAGCUGAAGGAACCGAAUGAAGUGUGAAGUAAAAUACGUAGAAUAGACUAAGCGAGGCCUUAAGUGGUUUUAAUUGUUAGACCUAAGUACUAGUAUAUGAUUACUAAGUAUGAGCACAUUCAACUUGGUUUAGCACCUUUUUCCCUCUAUUCUAGUGGCUACACUUAUGUAAAAGAGAGAAGGAGUCUUCUUUAUAGCUGACAGAUUUGAAGCUACAGUGCUGGCACUGCCAUCUAUUGACGGACAAUGAAAAAACAGCCUGCAUCAAUUUCUAUGGACCUUUGUUUUCUAAUUCUUCAUAAUGCUUUUCUACAAACCUUUUGUAACACACCUCUUCCAUUAUAAUAUUACCUUUGAGACUGCUUUUGGCUCUUUUUUUAUGAACUUUUAGGAGUUAGGAUUAUACAUUGGCGUUCAUAUCAUGUUUGCGCUGUGGCGGUCUCACACCUCACUUCUGUUUAUUUAGUUGCGUAGCUCAAAAACGUUUUCCUUAUUUAAGUCAUUUUCUCCCUUAGACAAUUGUUUGCUAGUGUCUGGAUUUCAGAUAAGAAUGUGUCAAAGCCAUUGUGUUUGUUUAAUGUCCAUUUGAAAUAAACAUUUUGUACAAAUA